GUUUAGCAUUGGCAACACUCGUGGCAAACAGAGGAAUGGACGUGAACGGCCUGGCAGGAGCUGCGAGGACACACACCCAGGCUGUGACCAGGAACUACAUCUCUCAACCGAGGCUGACCUAUUCCACCGUGUCUGGAGUGAACGGACCUCUGGUGAUCCUGGACAACGUGAAGUUCCCCAGGUAUGCUGAGAUUGUUCACCUGACGCUGCCGGAUGGCACCAAGAGGAGCGGGCAGGUCCUGGAGGUGAUUGGCACCAAGGCAGUUGUGCAGGUGUUCGAGGGAACGUCAGGAAUUGACGCCAAAAAGACGGCCUGCGAGUUCACCGGUGACAUCCUGCGCACGCCGGUGUCCGAGGACAUGCUGGGCCGAGUGUUUAAUGGCUCCGGCAAACCCAUCGACCGUGGCCCGAAUGUCCUGGCUGAAGACUACCUGGACAUCAUGGGUCAGCCAAUUAACCCUCAGUGCCGCAUCUACCCUGAGGAAAUGAUCCAGACCGGCAUCUCCGCUAUCGAUGGCAUGAACAGCAUUGCCAGAGGACAGAAGAUUCCCAUUUUCUCUGCUGCUGGACUGCCCCACAAUGAGAUCGCCGCUCAGAUCUGUCGCCAGGCCGGCCUCGUGCAGAAGUCCAAGGACGUGAUGGACUACAGCGCAGAAAACUUUGCCAUCGUGUUUGCAGCCAUGGGGGUCAACAUGGAAACUGCUCGCUUCUUCAAGUCUGACUUUGAGGAAAAUGGUUCCAUGGACAACGUCUGCCUUUUCCUCAACCUGGCCAAUGACCCCACCAUUGAGCGUAUCAUUACACCCCGUCUGGCGCUGACCACUGCAGAGUACUUGGCGUACCAGUGUGAGAAGCACGUCCUGGUCAUCCUCACCGACAUGAGCUCCUACGCUGAAGCUCUGAGAGAGGUCUCUGCUGCCCGGGAGGAGGUGCCCGGCCGGCGAGGCUUUCCUGGUUACAUGUACACUGAUCUGGCCACGAUCUAUGAGCGCGCCGGACGAGUGGAGGGCAGGAACGGCUCCAUCACCCAAAUCCCCAUCCUUACAAUGCCCAAUGAUGACAUCACUCAUCCCAUUCCUGAUCUGACUGGAUACAUCACAGAGGGCCAAGUCUAUGUUGACAGGCAGCUGCACAACAGACAGAUCUACCCUCCAAUCAAUGUGCUGCCUUCACUGUCACGUCUGAUGAAGUCUGCCAUCGGUGAGGGGAUGACCAGGAAGGACCACGCUGACGUGUCCAACCAGCUGUAUGCCUGCUACGCCAUCGGUAAAGACGUGCAGGCCAUGAAGGCAGUGGUGGGAGAAGAGGCGCUUACCUCGGAUGACCUGCUUUACCUGGAGUUCCUGCAGAAGUUUGAGAAGAACUUCAUCGCUCAGGGCCCGUAUGACAACAGGACGGUGUACGAAACGCUGGACAUCGGCUGGCAGCUGCUGCGAAUCUUCCCCAAGGAGAUGCUGAAGAGGAUUCCUCAGAGCACGCUGGCUGAGUUCUACCCCAGGGAGUCCGCCGCCCGCCACUGAGCCCCACUCAGGGAUGCUCUGGUUCA